UGCAGCGAUUUUUCUUUCAGAAAUGUAAAAUAUGUUUACAGCGAUGAGGAGGUGGCUGGAGAUCUGAAAUGCUAAGACAAGUUUUGAAAUCCAUAUUUGCAUUUAUUUUGAAUUUGUUAACAAUGGCUUGUUGUUGCUGCUCCUCCUCUCCCAAGAUUAUCAGUAAAUGCGGGGAAAUUAAAGGAUCCAGACUGAAAACAAAUUCUGGAAAGAAUAUUUUCUGCUUCCGAGGAAUUCCGUACGCACUUCCCCCAGUCGGUCAACUCAGGUUUCGAAGAUCCCGACCCUACGGAGCCUGGACAGGAAUUUGGGACGGAACCAAGGAAUCAAAAAAAUCUCUUCAACCUAAUGUUUUAGCCCCUGAUAAACAUUACCUUAGUGAAGGAGAUGAGGAUUGUUUAUAUCUGAAUGUGUACACUAAAACCUUAGAUGACACUGCCAAACUUCCUGUUGUUGUUUUUAUUCAUGGCGGAGCAUUUGCUGUUGGUUCUUGUGAAUCUUUACUCUACGGACCCCAGAUACUACUGGAGAAAGAUAUUGUCCUGGUUGGGUUUAAUUAUCGUCUUGGAACACUGGGCAGCUUGACUCUAGAAACUGAUGAAUGUCCUGGAAACCUGGGUCUUCAUGAUCAGUUUCUUGCGCUUCAAUGGAUUAAUGAAAAUAUUACAGAGUUUGGUGGAGAUAUCUCUAAUAUAAGUUUGAUGGGUGAAAGUGCUGGAUCAAUGUCUGCUCUGCUUCACCUUGUAUCUCCUGUAUCUCAGGGGCUUUUUCACAGAGUUAUCGCGCUCUCUGGGACACCAACGACGACAUUUCUUCACAAGGAUAGAAGACCCCGACUGUAUGCCCUGGCAGUUGCAGAGAAACUAGGAUGUGAAGAUUUGGAAGAUUUUGACAAGGUUUUACUGUUUCUCCAAAGUGUUCCUGCAAAGUCUAUCCUAAAGUUAAGCACACUGUUCCAAGACUGGGAUGCAAGCCAUCCUAUGCCCUGGGUUCCUUGCUUAGAUACACACGCUGCUGAACCUAUGGUUCCCAGAGGAUACGUUGAAGCUUACAUAAUUAUAAUAUUAAUAUAA